GGGGGCGGGGUCAGGGGCGGGGUCUGGAGCAGGCACAUCCGAGACCACCACAGUCUGCACCACAGAACCGCUAGUGGUGCUGUCAGAGCAGCGCCUCCUAGCUACAUGGCUGUCUUACUGGAUGUGGAUGGUGCUGCUCCUCCUGGCUCUCUACUUCUUCCUGCUGCUGGGGUUCCUCCUCUGGGGUCUGAAGGUUCCACACCACAGCUUCUGAUAUCUCACUUCUGCUGCACUGCAUCUCAGCUCUACACUACAGAGUUCUAGGAUUUAGCAGAUGCUUUUAUCCAAAGCAACUUAGUCAUGCAUAUUUUUACUUCUGUACCACUGAGGUCUAAGAACUGAAUUCUGAGCUAUGCACCACUACCAACUGAGACAAACUGGGCAUGGCUUUGUGAAUGCAGGAGUUCCCAUAGUGUGGUCUGCAGUUGGGCUCUGCUCAACUACCGGAGUCUCUCGCUGUGCGGUGAGUUUAAGAGGGAUGAGAGUAACAGAGUUAAGAAUGUACAGUAAACUCACUCCACAGCUAGCUUGAAAUAUCACCAACGGAUAGCAAACUGGAUCCUUUGCUAUAGCUCAAUUGGUUGGUACAGUACGUUGUUGUCACGCCUACUCCCUUCCUCAGGCGCUCGAUGUUGUCGGUCUACUAAGCACUGGUCCUUGCAACCCACAUUACGCGCACCUGGACUUCAUCACCACCCUGAUUACUAUCCCUUCAUAUAGCCCUCACCACCCUCAGUCAUCAGGCUGUAUUGGUUUUGUUUUCAUGUCUAGACGCGGCACUUGUUUUGUAACACGCUAUGUUCAUUAUUAUUAAACUCACCAUCUGCAACUGCGUCGUCGUUGUCAAGGAGGGCGGUCACGUGUGUUUGCGAUCAGAGGAUCACUGGUUCGAGCCCGUUAUGGGGACGGGGACAGUGGAAGAAGCUAUACUGUUAGCAGCACACUGAAAUCUGUUUUACUGGUGCUGUGACCCAGAUCUGCAGUUGGGCUCAGCUCAACAACUGGAGUCUCUCGCUGUGUAGUGAGUUUUAAGAGGGAUGAUUGUAACAGAGGUAAGAGCGUGCAGUAAGCUCACUCCACAGCUCGCUUGAAAUCUCACCAAUGGCAGCACACUGACAUAGGUUUAAUAUAUAACCAUCUUUUAUCAUAAUAAACAGAUUGGACAGUGAAGAGAAGACGGGAGACUAGGAAGAAUGUGAGUGAAGGUACAGUGGGCUGGCUUAGAACUGACUGACUGGUAUACAGUGGGGCAAAAAAGUAUUUAGUCAGCCACCAAUUGUGCAAGUUCUCCCACUUAAAAAGAUAAGAGGUCUGUCAUUUUCAUCAUAGGUACACUUUAACUAUGACAGACAAAAUGAGAAAAAGAAAUCCAGAAAAUCACAUUGUAGGAUUUUUUUAUGAAUUUAUUUUCAAAUUAUGGUGGAGAAUAAGUAUUUGGUCAAUAACAAAAGUUUAUCUCAGUACUUUGUUAUAUACCCUUUGUUGGCAAUGACAGAGGUCAAACAUUUUCUGUAAGACUUCACAAGGUUUUCACACACUGUUGCUGGUAUUUUGGCCCAUUUCUCCAUGCAGAUCACCUCUAGAGCAGUGAUGUUUUGGGGCUGUUGCUGGGCAACACAGACUUUCAACUUUACAUUGACCCUUCGUGCCUAACUGUAUCCUCUCUUGCCCUAAAAAGUCUGGGUUGGGAUGACAUUGAUAGCUUCCCUGCCUGAUGGUAGUGCACACAUUGACAAUGUUCCCUCAUUUUUUUUGGCACAGCAAAUUUCAGGUCUGCUGAGCUCAAACUUGAAUGUUGUGAAAUUCUGUGCAACUUCCAGCGAGCGUUUAUUGUUAACACUUAGGCUGUACCCUCAGUUUUAACAGUGGCCAAUUACAAUAUUUGAUCAUGUAGGCCUACCAGAGUGGCCUACCAUCAAAAACAAUGGAGAAAAUGCCUCCCAUAACAUUUUAACAUGGAAUUAGCUGUUCUAUCAUUCAGCCAAUGUGUGGUGUUCAGUGUACCUACAUUCUAGGAAACAUUUGGGGAAAAAACAUGCAGGGCUUGACAUUAAUAACCUCAAGGAUCGGACCCUUUUUUUCAAUUCUAACUGUAGCUCAGGACCUGAAGCAAGGAUGCAUAUGCUUGAUAUCAUUUGAAAGGAAACACUUUGAAGUGUGUGGAAAUGUGAAAAUAAUGUAGGUGAAUAUGUAGCAUAGUUUUGUGGGACCAGAAACAGCAGGGGUUCAAACUUUAGAACCCAGUUCCUACAUUUUGAAUCAAAUGUAUUUUAUCAAACAAAACUGUUAUGUUUUUACCUCCGGAUGACAAAUCAGAGCAAGAUUACUGAAUAUAUCAAAUCAAGUGCUGUGAUAAAAGUUUUGUUGUGCACUGUCAAACAAUAGCAUGAUACAUUUUAACUGGAAUAGCUACUGUAAAUUGGACAGUGUAGUUAGAUUAACACGAAUUUAAGCUUUCUACACAUAAGACAUGUCUAUUUCCUGGAAAGUUGGAUGUUACUUAUGUCAUUCUAGUCACAUUAGCGACAGUUAGCAACAACCGUCCCAGUAUAGGGACACUGAUCUCGUAGAGGUUGACAUUAAACCUGUUUAUCCACUUGCCCUUCAGACAAGGAGGUGACUGAAAAUUUUGUUGUUGCAAGAAACCACUUUACAAAAUAAUAUCCAUUAUUAUUCCCAUACCAUUAUUAUAGAGAAUCAGACAAAUUAUUCUACCCUCUGCAUGUUGGCUACUUAGCUUAUUUAAGCCUGUCUCAAAAUACACCACUGCCCCUUUUAAGACAAAAUCAAAUGUAUUUACCUGACUCCCUUUUCAAAGAUGUCUAGAAAUGUACACAUUUUGUGCUCUUGAAGGAAACAAUCACUCCCCUAUUGCUGACUACAAAUUACAAGUGGGCUAAAAGCUCACUAACUAGCAAAGUUAUGAAUAAAAUGUGCACACAUGGCUACAUGCAGCUUUUGCUUUGAUCUCAAAACACUCACAACCACAGCUGUAAACACAGUCCAGUUCUAAGUAAAUGGCACAGAUCCAUAUAUGGCAAGGGUCUAUUUAUAUAUAGGCCUACUGCAGCCCCGAUUGGUUAUGCUGCACCGCCUAGGUCGCAUAUGGGCUGAGUCAUGUGCAAUAGAAUCCUACUCUGAUGGUAUUUUGGCAUUUUAAACGCAAGUGGGAGUGCCCAGCAGGCCAGGCAUUUCCAUAUUUGAACCCUGAACCUAAUGUAGCUUUAUGUGAUAUUGACUCCCCAUUUUAGGGAAUACAGCAGACUGUAUGCAGUUUUAUUCACAUGUUCAGCUCACCGGUUCAUGUUUUGGUUCUUCAAGAACAUGCUUUUCAAGAACUCCUAACCUGGUAGUGGUAGGGUCUUGAUCUGACCCCUCAGUCCAGAGGGACACUGCAGACAGAACUGACCAACUGUAUGUAGGUACAAAACUACAACAGCAGUGAAUGAUGAGGUAAUAGAGAAAGCGCUAGCACCCUCUUAAUCUGUUACAGGGCUUCUCUACUCCCUAAAAUCUUCUUCAUCCAGCUUUAGUUUAGGGUGUCCAGUCUUGCGCCUUAUAAAACGUGUUCUAUGGCAGAGAGAGGGGACUAUCACAAUCAUAGAAUCAGAAAUGAUGAAUGUUGUCAUGCAUUUAUAUUUUAAUAGGUGGCCAGAGGCCAUGGGUCUCCAAACCCUGACACACACACACACACACACACACACACACACACACUAUUGUCAAUACAACGGCAGAGAUAAUGCUUGCAGCUUGGUGUGAACCAGGACAGCUUUCAUAUCAGAGGGAGGAGACAGGUUGGGACUUACACAUUAUGAUAUUCAGCAGGCGCCUAAUUGUGUGUGGUAUUGGGGUGAUGGCGUCAUAUUUAGGCUGUAGAUUAUAUACCCAGCCAAACAAUGUGCACCUGCAGUUGGGUACGCUGAAAUAUAAUGAAACAGUUUGAUGAUUGUGUAAAAUAGUAUUCUUUUUUUGUUAAACUAAACUCAGUUAUUUUACAUGGAUUUCUGAAAUGUGUGGAAUAGAGAGCAAUGGUAAUUUCAUUUUUGUAGGCAUUAAAUCUGCCAUGGUUCGUAGAACAUAGCCUAUGGGAAAAUGUAUGUAUUUUUUGGAAGGUGUUUGGAUACACGCCAGGGGAUCUUAUAGGUUUUGUUCUAUGAGAAUCUUCAUCAGCUAAAGUCACUUUUUGUGAAUUUUGAAGCAUUUCUGUAAUAAACCGAAAACCCUAUUCUUUCCCCAAUAACUUUAACCAUAGGAACGGCUGAACGAACGAGAGGUAAAUCAUACUGAGGUAUGCUCAAAUCUAGCGAGAUCUAUUUGUUAUUUGUCAUUUACCCAGUAACUAAUCAUAUGUUUUCUGAUUGGCCAAGGCAUUAAUGAAGUUGUAAUAGCUUUAUUGAGGCUGGAAGUGACAGUCUUGAAUUGUGGUUGAUGGUGUUCAAUGUGGUUUAACGGUUGAAGCUGUUAAAUUGUUUUUACACCCAUAUAACAAUAUAAGAUGUAACAAAGAUAGAUAUUGUCAACAAUUUACUCAUAAUUUAUAAUACUGCAAAUGCAAAUGUGUGAUACUAUGACAUAAUACAAUAUUAAAAGCACUCAUAUAGUUAUUUAAAGUAAUGUAUGCACCCCCAGAAUGCAAUUACGUAGUUGAAUAGUCUUGCCAUAGGUUCACAAUGAGGCCAUCUAAAGCAAAAUAUGCCAAUCUGGCAGGUUACGGGUUGUUUUCCUAUACAGUAAACUAGCACGUUAUCCACUGACACUAUACUGCAUUGUCGCGAAUAAACCGCGCAGAAUGUGUUGGGGGACUGCAGCGCAAGUGAUGUGGAGCGCAAAACACGCCCCCUAGACGCUCGGUAGAAGUGUCUACUGGGAAGAGGCAGGUAGGUUUAUCGAGAUACCUCAAAAAGUGUCCGCUCGCUCCUCUCUGUACCUAAGGAGCCUGCAGUGACGACAACAUGGGUCGCAAAGAAAUAACUUGCAGUUGGAAGAAAGUCACCAACAACAUCAGAGAUGUGUUCGAAUUCAAACAAGCGCUGGGAUCGGGUUCGUUCUCCGAGGUGUAUUUGGUGCGAGAGAAGAAGACAGGAAACCUGUACGCCCUGAAGUGUCUGAAGAAAAAACACCUCAGCUGUAGCAACCUAGAAAACGAGAUCACUGUGCUGAAGAAGAUAAGACAUGACAAUGUGAUUGGACUGGAAGAUUUCUAUGAGACUCAGACACACUAUUACCUCGUCAUGCAGCUGGUGUCUGGUGGAGAGCUGUUUGACCGUAUCAUAGAUCGGGGGGUGUACACAGAGAAGGACGCCAGCCAGCUGGUCCGCCAAGUACUGCAAGCAGUCAACUACCUUCACGAGAACAGCAUAGUGCACAGGGACCUCAAGCCAGAGAACCUGCUAUACUUCGACUCAGACGAGAACUCCAAGAUCAUGAUCAGUGACUUCGGCCUGUCCAAGAUGUCCGACCACGGAGUGAUGUCCACAGCCUGCGGCACGCCAGGAUAUGUUGCCCCUGAAGUUCUGGCUCAGAAACCCUACAGCAAGGCUGUGGACUGCUGGUCCAUAGGAGUCAUCACAUAUAUCCUGCUGUGUGGCUACCCUCCCUUCUUUGAGGACAACGAGACACGUCUGUUCGCUAAGAUCAUGAGGGCCGACUACGCUUUCCACUCGCCUUUUUGGGAUGACAUCUCUGAGUCAGCGAAAGACUUCAUCCGGAACAUGAUGCAGAAGCACCCUAACAAACGGUUCACCACAGAACAGGCCCUCAGACACCCCUGGGUCAUUGGAAAGACAGCGAGGGAUCAGGACAUCUAUAAAUCAGUCAGCAUGCAGAUCCAGAGGAACUUUGCCAAGUCCAAAUGGAGGCAAGCCUUCAAUGCCACAGCAGCCAUCAAACACAUAAAGAAGCUGCAGUUGGCUCACGCCGACCCCGACGCCCCUCUCCCUCCCAUCCCUGCCAUAGCCAUCAACCCCUGCAACUCCCAGAAUCCCCUGCGGGGUGUCAACAACAUCACCACAGAGGAUGUUGACUCCACCAGCAACCUCCCGAUCCCAGUGUGUCACAUGACCCCUCCAGAGGCACAGUACCGGGGCCUGAGAGCCAGUCACAGCGAGCCCAUGCACGCGCCGGUCGUCAUGGAGACCUAUAACGCAGAGAAUUGCUCCUCAUUCACGGCAGCUAAGAGCUGUGACGCCAUGGACAGGGUGACCAAUAGGAAUGGCCAGACGAUGCAAACUGGGGUGUGUUCUGUCAUGUGAUUGGUUGAUUGGUCUGAGGAUCAAUUCAACUACGUCAAGUGUUUCUGCAGUGUUGCAGUCAAUAAGUUUGAGCCACUCCUUGCUGCUCUACAGGUGUCUGUCUGCUGCCUCCUGCUGGUUCAUUUCUGUAGUGCUCUUCUGAGAUUUCCAGGGGCCAUAGCAAGGGCCUGAACCUUCUCCAGAGGAGAACACAGGAAGACCUGGGGUUCAUACCUAAUUACAGUGCAGUACAUUUACACUCACGCACAAAUGUAUGCACUCACACACACAAAUGCAAACUUUAAUUUCUCUGACCCAAGCUACUGUCGAUGAAGCUUUAGAAGCAUACAUUCUGUCAUGCAGUACCAGUCAAAAGUUUGGACACACUUACUCAUUCAAGGGUUUUUCUUUAUUUUUACUGUUUUCUACAUAGUAGAAUAAUAGUGAAGAUGUCAAAACUAUGAAAUAACACGUAUGGAAUCAAGUAGUAACCAAAAAAAGUGUUAAACAAAUCUUGACAUUCUCUCAACCAGCUUCACCUGGAAUGCUUUUCCAGCAGUCUUGAAGGAGUUCCCACAUAUGCUGAGCACUUGUUAGCUGCUUUUCCUUCAAUCAUCCCAAACAUCUCAAUUGGGUUGAGGUCGGGUGAUUGUGGAGUCCAGGUCAUCUGAUGCAGCACUCCAUCACUCUUCUUCUUGGUCAAGUAGCCCUGUCACAGCCUGGAGGUGUGUUUUGGGUCAUUGUUCUAUUGAAAACAAGUUAUAGUCCCAGUAAGCGCAAACCAGGUGGGAUGGCGUAUCGCUUCAGAAUGCUGUGGUAGCCAUGCUGGUUAAGUUUGCCUUGAAUUCUAAAUAAAUCACUGACAGUGUCACCAGCAAAGCAUCAUCACACCUCCUCCUCCAUUCUUCACAGUAAGAACUAAACAUGCAGAAAUCAUCCGUUCAUCUACUCUGCAUCUCACAAAGACACGGCGGUUGGAAACAAAAAUCUACAAUUUGGACUUAUCAGACCAAAGGACAGAUUUCCACCGGUCUAAUGUCCAUUGCUCGUGUUUCUUGUCCCAAGCAAGUCUCUUCUUCUUAUUGGUGUCCUUUAGUAGUGGUUUCUUUGCAGAAAUUUGACCAUGAAGGCCUGAUUCACACAGUCUCCUCUGAACAGUUAAUGUUGAGAUCUGUCCGUUACUUGAACUCUGAAGAAUUUAUUUGGGCUGCAAUUUCUGAGGCUGGUAACUCUAAUGAACUUAUCCUCUGCAGCAGAAGUAACGCUGGGUCCUCAUGAGUGGCAGUUUCAUCAACUUUCAAUGUAAAUGCAUUCCAGGUGACCACCUCAUGAAGCUGGGCGAGCGAAUGAAAAGAGUGUGCAAAGCUGUCAUCAAGGCAAAGGGUGGCUUCUUUGAAGAAUCUAAAAUAUAUUUUUAUUUGUUAAACACUUUUUUGGUUAUUACAUGAUUCCGUAUGUGUUAUUUCAUAGUUUUGAUGUCUUCACUAUUAUUCUACAAUGUAGAAAAUAGUUGAAAGAAAAACCCUUGAAUGAGUAGGUGUGUCCAAACUUUUGACUGGUACUGUAUUUGCAAUGUAUAAUUGUCUAUGACUAAUGGUUAUUGACCUAUGGAAAACAAAUGUACUUUUAUUUAUAUAUGUAUAUGUAUAUAUAUACUUUUUUUUGCUGAUAUGAUGGCUGUGACAGCUAGAUUCUAAUUAAUUAAUUAAUUGGCUUUGGCUACUUUAUGUGUUGUUGUCUGAACUGAAUCAAGCUUUGUUGUUCUUUCACUCACAUCUGAAACUAAUAAUGGAUCUGGAGAAAAAUGGAAACCUGGUAAAAUAAUGGUUUCAUGGAAAAGUUAAUGAAUACUGUACAACAUAUCAGUAUUCAAGGAGAAGGGUUUCGAGAUGUUAUUGAUCAAGUGUUAUGUAUUUUUAUAUGGACUGAAUCCUCUUUUUAUCUUCUAUAAUCCUAAAUGUAAGGCUUUUGACUGUUAUGAAGCUUGCUGACAGGUUUGAAUGUCAUUGACAAGUCUCACUAUUUGAAUCCUGACACCCAUGUCAUAACACACUGACUUUAGGGCGAGAAGGGUUUGGAGGGCUGUUGUUUCUCUGUGUAAGAGAAGAUGGUUACACCACUUAAAGUGGUCCUGUGCACUAACACCACUUUACAUAUAGGGUUAAAUGAUAUGUGCCACUUUUAUGCCAUAAGCUGCUAUAGACUUCCUCUUGUUUUGACGAUGCCCUUGUAACUGUAUGACUGGAGAUGCUCAUGUCUUAUAACCACCGGCACUAUACUUUGCGUCUUUGUUUUGUUUCUUCAUAAAAAAAAUUA